AAUGCACUUUGCUAAUUUUAAAGCCAGAGAGGGAAGGAAGCAUGACAGCAAAGUUUCCGCCAUACAGACCGCUGUGGUGGGAGAGAAAAAAGCAAAGAGUCUGUCUUGGAAAAGCUCAGUAUUCGUCUGAGUGUUCGGAGACAGCGAAUAUAACAGGAGCAUAUGGUGGAAUUAUGGCACAAAAUGAAACACAUCCCAUUUUGGAGAUACUAAAGUCAUUCAAUCAAGGUGAGUGUAUUUAUGUUUGGUUUCUUGUGGGGAUCCACUGAAUAUUUUGAUGUUUUACUCUAAAACACAGAAAUCUUGGUUCUGGCUGACUCCCUAAACACUCAUUACUCUCAGAUGUGUGUCUGUGUUUUGGAAAGACAGCAAAUACGAUUAAAUAAAGUGCUCAGUUAGGUUGGAGAAACCAAUAACAUCAACAUAAAACAUCUACAUGUUCAUUAUUAUUAUCUGCAAAGUCAAAACAGUCCUGAGAAUGACUUAUAGGCCUUUAAAACUGCAGUUUUCCUUUGGCAACUUCUUUUUAGUUGUCAAAACCCUGGGCUUUUUCCGUCCUGUAAUUUUGUUUCCUUCCACUCCAUCCAUCAUCCUAUGUCACUCAGACUUUAUUUUCAUCCAAGUCUUUGAAAACCAAAAUCAUACAUGCUUAGUUUUUCCUGUUCAUCAUCUUUUCUUUUUAUAAAUAUGUGUGGUAUAGCAUUUUGAGUCACUUAUCCCAGAAGGUUUCUCUCCAAAGAGAUCUUAUAAGAAAACAGAAAACUUUUUGUUUCGAUAUCAAUUUCCUGACUUUCCACUAUCUUAAAAAAAGAAAGAAAAAACAUCCUUCUUUUUACGCUUUGCACCGGAGAUAUCGUCAGUUUCCACUCGACACAAAGGUACUUCAUAGACGGUGAACCCCCACGCUGGUCUGAUGUAAGAUUUUUAUAUAACAUUGUGCUUAGUAUAGCAGUGUUCGGCCAUAAAAAUCAAUACAAAGAACAAAAUUCCCUGAAACACUUGGGGCACGUACCGCACAGACUGAUAUGUACUUUGGAGAGCUGAUGCAACAGCUUCUUGUCAGUGCUAAUAGGAUUUUAUUCCUAACUUGAAACGCUGCUCAAACAGCCAUCUGGCAAAGCAAUCUUCCUCAUUUUCAGGACAACACAAUGCAUCCUCUUCUCAGCUACUAAACAUUUCCAGCCACUAUUUUUUUAUCGCUCUGCUUCCUCUUUCCUGACUCUGCACUGAUUUUUUUCCCCCCUCUCUUUCAGGCGAUAUGAUUCUCGCCUUCUGUCUAUCUAUCCUUGUGGGCCUGCUGUUGGGCGCUCUGGUUUAUGUCCUGCUGACCUGGGCGUCCAGAAGGCAGGCCACCGCCAGGAUCACAAGACGCUGCAAAAAAAGGUCUUCACGAUCUCAAAACCCCUCUGGUGGUCAAAUGGGCCUGUACAGGAGCACUUUUCUCAGCGUCUACAGGCAGCCCUCUCUGGAGCCAGUAGGCCCUCUAGGGCUUAAGCCCGGUAUAGAGACCUCCACCUUUCGCCCAGUACCUAAGAGGAGCAGGGCCAGUCUGGAGGGAAUGGGAGAGGACACUCAGGCAAACAUGGUUGAAGACACAGCAGCAUCAACGUCUUCAGAUUCAGCAUCCCUGGUGCCAAACAAGAGGAACUCCUUCUGGCUGGGCAACAAUGGACUUAAAGGAUUCCUGCCCUCACAGACUCCCCCUCCUGCAUAUGACAGUGUCAUCCACGCCUUUGAAGAGACGUGCACUUGAGAGCGUCCGUGUCAAACAGUGAGAACUGAAAAAGGAGGAAAAAACAGUUUGAGAUUACACAGGACUCUCUGUGGCUGUGUUCUGCUCUUAAAAUGGGACAGUACUUUGAGAGAUCACACCUUUGUAUGACACUUUCCAAUCAAAGCUUCUGCAGCUUGGUUAUGACAUAUCAAUCUAGGGCAACUAUUUUUAAAAUAGAUUUAUUUGUAUAUUAGUCUAAUAUUCAUUGUUUUUCAUCUUUAGACGGUCAAAAGUAUAAAAAAAAACAAGCCCAGGUGCAUUGCCUGGUUUUGAUCAAAAUGAAAGAAUGUUUUAGUGCACAAUGAUAUGAAACAGAAGAAGCUGCAAAUCCUGAGAAAUUUUUGGCAUUCUUGCUCUAAGACUGUCUCAAUCAAUCAUGUACUGGCUAAUCCCAGCAGUGCUAAUAUGUGCUAGUAUUUUGUAACCAGUGCUGAGCAUCACAUGAUGUACAGAGAGCCUGAGGGUAGACUCAGUCUGGUCAUGUGAUGAUGGAAGCACAGUGUGAUUGACUAUUAUUAUAUUUUACAUUACAAUAAAGAUUAUGAAUGAUUUUA